AUUUUUUCUAAACCAGGAUUGCUGAGUACUGGCUUCAAAUUCAAACUCAGAACAGACAAGAAUUGUGUUGCAUAGUUAUGAGUAUGAUUAUUUGGUAGAGCUGUGAUAUUAUAAUCUAUUUAGUGUCAGAAAUCAACUUGUGUAUGUUAAUUUGGUUGCCUGAUGCCUAUUACAGUACUUAGGAAAGCUACAGCUGCAGGGCGAAUUCGAGAAACAAUUACAGCAGAGAUCAAUUUCACUGGAACAUUAGGAGUCUUGGUACCAUUCACAAGAGGAACGUCAGUUAAGAUCGGCUUGCAGUUUCCCGUUCGAGUUCCAUGGAUGAACGCGAACGGGCGUAGAGGUAGAGCUCAUGUGCGCAGGCGCAUCAUCCAACAGUCCAUGGAUAAAGCAGCUGACGAGUGCUUCCCGGCAAGGCCACCACGGCCGCGUCCUCCACCUCUUCUUCACCCGCCUCCGGCCCGGCGACCGCGGUGCGGCGGACCCGCACCCCGCGGCCGUCCCCACGGCACUCCGCGCCUGCGCGCGCCUCGGGGACGCCUCCUCCGGCCGGCUCAUCCACGCGCUCGUCCUCACCCGGUUCCCGUCCCUCGCCUCUGACGCCGUCGCCGCCACAGCGCUCCUCGACAUGUACGCCAAGUGCGGCCUCGUCGCCAGCGCCCGCAGGGUAUUCGACGAAAUGCCCCGCGGUGACGACCUCGUCGCCUGGAACGCGCUGCUCGCGGGCUACGCGCGCCACGGCCUCCCGGAGCGUGCGCUCACGCUGGCCAUCAAGAUGCGGGGCCAGGGCCUGCGCCCUGACCUGGUCACAUGGAAUGCCGUCGUGUCCGGUUUCGCUCUGGCCGGCGACGACCAGAUGGCCGAGGACUUGGUCCGCGCCAUGAGAGAUGACGGGUUCCGGCCGGACGUGGUCACCUGGACAUCCCUUGUCUCCGGAUCGGUGCUGAACUUUCACUACGACAGGUCGCGCACACUGUUCCGGAGAAUGGUGACCGCCGGCACCCGCGUCCUGCCAAGCUCGGCCACGAUUGCCAGCAUCCUGCCUGCCUUCGCCAAUGUCGCCGACGUGAAGCGUGGUAAGGAAGUCCACGCCUACGCAGUCGUAACCGGCAUCGAGCAGGACCUCACAGUAAGCAGUGCUCUGGUCGACAUGUACGCGAAGUGUGGGCUCGUGCUGGAAGCGCACCGGCUGUUCGACAAGAUGGUAGAGAGAAGCACGGUGACAUGGAACUCCAUGAUCUUCGGCCUGGCGAAUUCCGGCCACUGCCAAGAAGCUAUCAGCCUCUUCCACCGGAUGCUGUGCGACGGAGCAUGGCCGGACCACCUGACGUUCACCGCCGUUCUAACGGCUUGCAGCUAUUGUGGCAUGGUGGAGCUCGGGAAGGGCCUGUACCGCGCCAUGAAGGAAGAGCACGGCAUCGAGCCGAGGCUGGAGCACUACGCCUGCAUGGUGCAUCUGCUUGGCCGAGCGGGGAUGCUCGCCGAGGCGUACGAUUUCAUCAAAGCCAUGCCCCUGGAGCCUGACUGCUUCGUCUGGGGGGCGCUGCUGGGGGCAUGCCGGAGUCAUGGCAACGUCAAGCUUGCCGAGCUGGCAGCGUCCCGCCUGCUGACAGUCGAACCGUCUAAUGCAGCUAAUUGCCUGCUGUUCUCAAACGCGCUGGCGAGCGCAGGCAGACAGGAUGAUGUCCUGAAGAUGAAGAGGUUGGCUAAGAGAAGGCGCAUGAAGAAGCUCGACGGCUGCAGCUGGUUGGAGUCUCCAUAGGCGAGGGCGUUAUCAUUCGUCUGACAUCAGAAUAACAGAAUUGAUUGAUCAUAGAUUUACUUUGGGUUGACCCUAGCUUCGCGGUUCCUCAGAAUGGCAGAAGCAGACGCGCAGAAUUGAUUGAUCAUUCAUGGACCCCAGGUUCGCAGAAGCAAAUGCGCAGGAGGGUUUUGGCUAACCUCGUCUAAUCCCCCUUCCUAGAUGACUGUAUUGGAUGGUACCGUGACUAUUAUGGAAAGAACAUGCUAUGCAGACUUCUGAAAUUAGCAGAAAUGUUUACUCAACAUUUAGACACAACAUAUUUAUAACCA